AUGGCCUCGUCAGAGUACAAUUAUGAUGAGGAAGGUGAAACUUGGCCAUUUUUUGUGUUGGCAUUGUUAACUUUUGUCUUGAUACCUUUCACUAUCAAGUAUGCAACUAGACUAACCUCGUCUGAUCCAGAUAAGGUGAAUGCUACUGUCGUUGGGGCAAUCAAGGAAAAUGCAGACACAAUUAAAGUCCCCAACUUGAAGAGUCUAAAUGAUUAUAAAAAGAAGCAGAGGUCACUGAAGAUUUUCAAUAAGACACUUUUGGUUUUGAUUAUUGGCUGGAGUGCUGUUUUCUUCAUAGGUAAGUAUUUGACCAAGGAAACAGACAUGUCAGGGUUAUUCGAUCCUUAUACGAUAUUGGAUGUUUCAUUCACGGCAAGCGAGAAGGAGAUUAAAAGUCAUUACAGAAAGCUAUCUUUGAAAUACCAUCCUGAUAAAUUGCCAAGAGAUCUUACAGAGGAGGCGAGAUUGAAGAUGGAACAGGAGUAUAUUCGGUUAACCAGUGCUUAUAAAGCAUUAACCGACGAAACUACAAGGGAAAAUUUUAUCAAAUAUGGUCACCCAGAUGGCGAGCAACCAACAACGCAUGGGAUUGCUCUUCCUAAAUUCCUUGUUGAAGGAAAGUAUUCAUCGUUGGUGGUGAUUUUCUAUUUUGCUCUCAUUGGUGUUUUAUUACCAUGGAUUGUUGGAAAAUGGUGGAACAAUGUUAAGAACUAUACCAAGCAGGGUUUGCAUGUUAAAACAGCUGCUGGUAUUGUACGCAAAUUUGCAGAUAAAGACCCCGCUAAAGUGUUUACCCCUGACGUAAUCCUUGAUCACAUUUUGGACAGUGAAGAUGUUGACGCAUUGUUACCUGAUUUGACCGUUCAAGAAAGGAAGGAAUUGGCGUAUGAUCACUUUAAUCGUGUAAUCUCCAAUGACACAAAGAGAGAAAAGAAGAAAACUGAAUUAAUAGCAAUUUUGCCACUUUUAAUUGAUGGUCUUAUUGACAUUGCAUUAGUUUUCAGAUUGCAAGAGGCGGUAAUUGCUGCGGAAGAUUUGAAAAAGGCUGUGUUUCAAGCUGUUAGUCCAAAUGGAAAAUACCAAGAACUUUUGCAAUUACCCUUUGUUGAUAAGGAAGUCAUCAAGAAACAGCCAAUUAAAAAACUUGGAAAGCUUUUUGCGUUGGAACCCUCGGAGGCUCAAAAGGUGUUGGGUGUCAAAGAUGACGACGAAUUUAAAAGAACAAUGUCUGUCGCAGCCCUGAUCCCAUCCCUUAGGAUUAUUGAAGCCGAGGUAAAAGUCCCAGGUGAGGAAACAGUAACUCCAAAUUCUAGUGGUCACAUUUCGGUCAAAUUCCUUGUUAAAUCACCCAAAUUGAAGUCAUGUCCGGAGAUUGAAGAUGAGAGAUUGGUAGACGAGGAGACAUUGGAGUACAUGAAAAAUCCAUUCAGUGUAAAUGACCUUGCACCAAAGUUACCUUUCGCUUUCACCCCCUACUUUCCCCAGCCAGUUCAUUGUAGCUGGACUUGUUAUGUGAUAGCUCAAAGGGAGAACAAGUUGAUUGAAAACAGCAAGGCCUAUGUUUUGGAAAACAUUGACCUUUCAAAUUUAAAUUUAACUCAAGAGGAAUGGAUAGAUGGUAAGAAGGUGGUUAUUAGUACUUUUAAAAUCCCAUUACCUACUGCAGUGGGUAACGUGGGGAAGUAUUAUUACAGAUUGAUUAUGAAGAAUAACGUAUACUAUGGAUCCGAUGUUGAUGUUCCAGUUGACUUGGAGGUCGUCCCGCCAUCUCAAGAGAAGAGCUUAGCUGGAGUUAAAAAGAUGAUGGAAAAAAGGAGGAAGAGUGAAGACACUGAUUCAGAUGAAGAGGAACAAGAUUCAGAUAGUGAUAUUUCGGAUCCAGAGGAAGAUAGUUUAGCUGGUGCUCUUGCAGCAUUGAGAGGAGAGGCAACAUCAAAGAAGUCAGAGAAGGUGGAGGAAGUCGAUGAAGAAGAAGAGGAUGAAGACGUAUUUACUGAUAUCAACACUGAUACGGAAGACGAGGCGGAGUGA